AAGAGGGCACCCGCCGGUCAGGGCAGUCAGUAGGUCUUUGACUACGACUCAAACCCCACGGAGCUACCCAACAGGUGACAGCACCACCAGGCAUCAUGGCGGAGGUCGGGAGGUCAACCGCUGAUCUCGUAAACGAAGCGAAACCUGCUCGGGCUACGCAAUACCUCGCUGCUCUUUCAGCAACGACGGGAGCCCUCUGCUUCGGCACAGCUCUCGGUUACUCCUCCCCGGCGGGCAUCCUACUGACCAGCAACUCCACCGACAGUUCCCUGCAGCUGACCACCGUCGAAAACAGCUGGUUCUCCUCGUCAGUCAACCUCGGGGCUCUCGUAGGAGGUCCAAUCGGCGGCCUCUGCGUUAACGCCAUCGGCCGGCGGGGAACCAUGCUGGCCGUGUUCCCGUUCUUCUUCGGGUCCUGGACGAUCAUCGCGUUCGCUCAAAACUUCGCCAUGCUCUUGGUGGGUCGCCUCAUCGCUGGACUGUGCACAGGGGUGAUGUGCAUUGCAGCUCCCACCUACAUCGGGGAAUUCGCCUCAGUUGACAUCAGGGGAAUGUUAGGCUCAGGUUUCCAGCUGAUGGUCGUGAUUGGCAUUCUCUACGCAUACAUCUUCGGUGCCUUUAUAAACAGCUGGCAAAUACUCGCAGUUGUAUGCGCUGUCCCGACAAUCAUAUUCUGCGUGUUAAUGGUCUUCUCAAAGGAGUCUCCGAGUUACCUGCUCUCUAAGGGGAAGGAUAAGGAGGCCCAGGAAUCUUUGCAAUACUUCAGAGGACCUGACUACAACAUACAGCCGGAGAUGCAGAUGCUGAAACAGAGUCUCGAGGACUCCAAAGCGAACAAAGCUUCUUUCUCAGACCUGAAACAGUCGUACAUCUUGAAGCCUCUCCUUAUCGCCGUUGCACUCAUGUUAUUCCAGCAGCUCUCGGGGGUCAACGCUGUUAUCUUUAACUUGAAGACUAUCUUUGCGGACUCAGGAACAGACCUCUCCGAUGACGUUAGCUCCAUCAUCAUCGGUGUAGUUCAGGUUCUGGCCACUGCUGUCGCUAGUGUGCUUAUGGACAGAGCUGGCAGGAAAUUUCUUCUGAUCAUAUCUGCGGCAGCCAUGACAGUUUCUCUCGUCAGUCUCGGUGUCUUCUUCUACCUGAAAGACUAUGGUGAUGUCAGCGCCCUCGGAUGGCUCCCUAUUACUUCUUUGAUUGUCUUCAUUGCGUCAUUCAGUAUCGGCUACGGACCUAUUCCUUGGCUCAUGAUGAGUGAACUGUUCUCGGCCAACGUUCGUGAAGCUGCCAGCAGUUUGAGUACAAUGACAAACUGGACAAUGGCCUUUAUUGUCACGUACUUUUUUGAGGGUAUCCAGGAUGCCAUCCACGAAUACGGUGUGUACUGGCUCUUCGGUGGUAUCUGUGCCGUCAACUUAGUCUUCUGUGUCCUGGUGGUGCCGGAGACGAAGGGAAAGACCCUGCAGGAGAUCACGGCGCUCUUUGGGGGUCCUGCCACGUCCCCUACGCCCGCCAGACCUUCAUCAAUCUCGUCAGUAUCCGAGAAACAGAGAUGGUAGAGCUUCAUCGAAGAAAGUUUGGUAAAUGGAUGGCUAAAGGAUCUACAAGUCACGGAUGGUUGAUGGAUCCGCUGGUGAUGGAUCGUUGGAGGAUCCUCUAGUCAUGGAUUGCUCAAGGAACUUCAAGAGUCCGAGAACAGAUCCCUGGGUCCGAAGGCCAUCGCUGAGACGUGAGAUGGAAAAAUCCUUGAUAAACGGAAGGCACUGGGAACGUUUUUCCCCAAGCAUGACAAGCACGGAUUUUUUUCUUGUUUUACAGCAAAUGGAAUCAAUCCUCUACAAUACAAAAGCCAAAGAUCCAGCAAAUAACAACAGUGUGACUUUGGUAAAGAGAAGAGAAGAAUCCAUAGAGUGCAUGAAAACCAUAUUCCAAAUGACCCAUGCUUUCCUGUCAAAGUCUAACUGCUAGCAACACUAGUUUUGAUUUAUGGACGGAAUAUAAAUAUCAAGAUGCAAUAAACCAAUGUGUUAUGCAUGGAAUGAGCAAGGUAGAUAUUGCAAUAUAGAGGAAUAUAGUAUUAUUGGCAUAUAUCGCCAUGUUCACUAUGCAGGCAAUAUUAGACUACUGGCACUUUAAUCUGAACUAUUUUCUAUACCACGUAUCACAUCACUACUUCACCCGUAAUACAUCUUCCCUUACUCAUAUUUAUAUAUCUAUCCCCCCCACUUCUUUUCUUUAAUUGCCUACAUCCAUGCUGAAACUUCACUAAUUCAUUAUUCACAAAAAUCUCACCAUUUUAGAAGUAGAAUUUUCUCCACUUGCAACUGUCUGUUAAAGAGGACAGCCGUUGUACUGACACUCCCGUUUUCUGUUGUAGACGACAAGAGAUGCUGACUGAGUUUCUUAGGUUGUUAAGUUAUAUAAUAAAUAAUAUUGUUGA